GAGUAACUGGCUUGAAAAGCUGAAAAUGCGACAAAUUCAAUACAGUGCUUUGCAAACGGUUCAUUGCGCAGUAUUCACUUCAUUUCUUAACACGUCUGUCAAUAGUCUCACGACAUUGAUUUAUGGUUAUAGUUCCAUUGUUACUCAAUAGAUGGAAGCAUUGUGCGCCAACAGAAGACGCCGGAGGCAGAGUAAAUAGAGCGGGGAUCAAUUUUUUGUACGAAGCAACGGUUUUAUAGCCAUGUGGUCAUGCCUGUAGCAAGCUCGAAUGUAAUGUACUGAAGAACUACGCUGUGCCUUUGAAAGAGAAUUGAUUAUUUACUUCGGCGAACGCGACAGUAGUGCGUUGCGAUAUCGGUACCUUUUUUUUUUUCCUUCCUCGCUGGUGUUCUGUCAGCAGUAGCGCUUCGCUUGACGUAAUAACAUUGAGUUACCUCGUUUGACAUGCUUGAUGUGUCGGACGUUCAUAUAGAUGCUUCCAGCGUUUUGGAUGUAAAAAAAACAUUGUCUAACAACAUGAUAGAUGUUAGAGCGUGCAAUAAACCAGUAGAGAAGCUGUGGUUUCGUGGUGUGCGGAGCUCCAAGUUCCGCCACGUGUACGGAGCCCCGGCGAAACGCGAGCACUGCUACGAAAACAUCAAGAUAACGAAAAAUGCACACGACGGCCAUUUCUGUGCAGUCAAUCCGAAGUUUGUCGCCGUCGUUACGGAGGUUGCAGGUGGUGGCACUUUCGUUGUGCUGCCAAUUUCUGAGACUGGUCGCUUGGAUUUUAAUGCCAGCAGGGUAACAGGCCACAGGGGUCCUGUCCUCGACAUUAAGUGGAAUCCUUUCAACGACAACAUCGUUGCAUCAUGUUCUGACGACUGCACGGUGAAGCUGUGGUACAUACCCGACAAUGGACUGGCCACACACCUCUCCGACUGGAUCGUGGACCUGCAUGGGCACAAACGCCGUGUCGGCUAUAUCGAGUGGCACCCGACGGCAGAGAACAUCCUCGUGAGUGCAGGCUUUGACCACCUGAUGAUUGUCUGGGACGUGGGGAGCGGCGAUGCGGUAAACGUGAUAGACUGCCAUCCCGACGUCAUCUAUUCCAUGUCGUUCAACCGUGACGGCUCGCUCAUCGCAACGACGUGCAAGGACAAGAAGCUCAGGGUCAUAGAGCCACGGAAAGGCAUAGUGUUUUCGGAAGGGGUAUGCCAUGCAGGUACCAAGGCGUGCAAGGCAGUGUUCCUGGGCAACACGGGCCGCAUCCUGACUACGGGCUUCUCCCGCCACUCGGACCGGCAGUAUGCCGUGUGGAGCCAGAGCGACCUGUCCCAGCCGCUCUGCAUAGAGACCAUCGACAGCUCCUCGGGGGUGCUGUUCCCCUACUACGACCACGACACCCGUGUGCUGUUCCUCGCAGGCAAGGGAGAUGGCAACAUCAGGUACUACGAGGUGGUUGACCAGGCCCCGUGGCUGCAUUAUUUGAACCAGUUCCUGUCUGGAUCUCCCCAGCGUGGCUUGGGAUUUAUGCCAAAGAGAGGCUGUGAUGUUCACCAGUGUGAGAUUUUCCGGUUCUACAAGCUUCAUGCAACAAAGGGGAUGUGCGAACCAAUUUCUAUGAUAGUACCUCGCAAGAGCGACCAGUUCCAGGAUGACCUGUACCCGGACACGGCAGCUCCAACACCGGCGCUCUCUGCCCAGGAGUGGCUGAGUUUCAAGAACAGGAACCCAGUUCUGAUGUCAAUGAAGACAGGUGAAAAGUCAACAAAAGCCGCCGAAGACACAGUGUGCCCUUUCCAGGACUGUAAAGGUGUGACAGUUCACACACACAAACCUCGAGUCCGUCAGCCAAGGGACAACGUGCUCCCCAUGGCUAACAACAACAACAGCCGCAAGUUUGCCUUCCUCUCCCAAGAGACAGUGCCAGAUUACCGGCCCAUCGAUGUUAAGGUUAGCCCUCCUACAGAGAAAAGCCAGAAGACAGAAAGCAACCAAACCACAAAAUUCCAGCAGCUGCAGCAGAUGUUUGCAAACAGAGCAUCUGGACAGGUCAGUACGCAAAGCAACCAAACCACAAAAUUCCAGCAGCUGCAGCAGAUGUUUGCAAACAGAGCAUCUGGACAGCCAAAUAAUAACUUGUUAAAUGAAGAAUACAAGCGAUCGUCAGAGGAGAGGGAUGAAGUCAUCGCUUUGGAUGGAAGUCCAAAGUCUCAAAACCAGUUGCAGCGGGCGUACUCUCGGCAGUGUGAAGAGCUCAAACUUCUCAAGAAGCAGCUGGCAAACCGUGAGAGGCGCGUCUCAGAGCUGGAAGAGGAAGUGCAGCGGCUGCGCAAGGCGCUCGGCAAGUAGAGACGUGCAGCGAGGAGCUGUGGAUUGGAAGCUUUCAAUGUUACCAGGGGGGUCCUGGCGAUCCCCUGCUUAAUGUUUUUAAGCUGUUUUAACACUGUUUACAUUUUAUGACCUAGCUUUGACUAGGUCAAGAGGCAAUGGACUGCUUUAGCUUAUCGACGUUCCUGUCACUAUUACACGGGCUGUUUUGUAAGUGCUGAAGAUCAGUGACAAAUGUUGGGCACUUAAACAGAGCUACAUUCUGCUUCUUUACACAUUUUGGAGGAAGCUAGCAGAACAUUGCCAGCAAAGCCAUAUUCUCGGUGCAUGUGCGCACACAUUCAGUCAGUUCGAGAGUAGUGUAAUGUUAGUGUUUCGGCGAUAUUCCUUGCUGUGUUGCUUUGCUGUAACAAAGUUUCUUAUGAUAUGCAAGUAACUGUCCUAGUAUUACAUUUUUGAUAACAGUGAAUCGAAAGAAUUGAGUCACAUCAUUUAUGUUAAUUUCUAACUCACUCUACCUGGAGUAAAUUAAAAAUACUGUUUAAAUGUCUGUAUGAAUCAUAUGAAACAUUUUUUUGUAAUUUGUUUUUGUUAUUAAUGUAUUGACAUGUGGUGUCCUUUUUGUACAGCGUCAGGAGUUCUGGAAGACUUUCUUGCCCCCUUGUAAUGAAAAGUUGCUUUGUAAUAGUCUACCAAAAUAGGAAUAACCAGUAAAAAUGUUUGUGGGUUACAUGUAUGAUGUGUAAUAUUAUUGGGAUUUAUUUCAUCUGUAACUAACAGUAUAUGCCUCGUACUAAAUUCAUACCAUUACUACUUGAUGUACUUAAAUAAAUUUGUACACAAGAUACCUAAAAGGAAAAAGAAACAACUGUGUUAGAAUAAAAAGUGUUAAAACUUGAAAGAUAUUAAGGAGAGGUACAGAAAACAAUAGCUCUGUUAAUCUUGGUUUUUGUUCAUGUAUUUAAACUCGAAUCGGUUUUUUCAUUACUUUUUUAUAAAGAACAAUUUUUAAAAAAUCCACUUAAAGAAUUAAUUCUACAGCUGUCAUAAAUUGAAUUGUACACGAACACUAUUAACCAAACAACUUAAAAUUGUGUAAAUGUGGAUUUUAUUCUUCCUGACAAUAGCUUCAGCUAUUUUCAUAUCUCCCAAUGUUAAUAUUCCUAAUCAUAAAAAUUGUUUAACUGUGCAGUAUGUUGACAAGAAAUUUGUGUGAAACUGCUUGGAAGGAAAUCUUUAUCAUUUGGCAUUUUAGCUCAGGCUGAUGACCUUAAAACAUAGCAUUUUUCCUACCAAAAUAAAUGCUACAGCCAUGAUGUAGGAAAAGUAUAACUACUGAAAUUCCCAAAUUAUUCCUGUGCACUGUUGUGUAAAAUAAUUAGUUAUUUAUUUCAUUGGGUGCAUUUAAAUUGCAAGCAGGUGCUUGGUUUCUUUGCUCUGUUAAAUUACCUUUUUCUGCAUAAUUGUGUGUUUAAUUGAAUUUGUGACAACCUGUUUUAUAUUUGAUAAAUUCACACAUGUAUAUCUGUCUGAUUAAAAACUGAGACGAAUUUGCUUCAGGUAUCUGGGUUAUUCCCAGUCUAGCACUGUUUCAGCUUGUCUCUUUUCUUCUGCCAUUUAUUUCGCUGAGAGUGUUGUUUUGCUAAUGGGGUGUGUCUGUAGUAAUUGUAAAAUCUUGCUCUGCUGAUUUUAUUUGCCAUAUCCGUAUUGCACAUCUUCAGAGUGGAGACAAGUAACAAAAUAUGAGAUUAAGAAUGUGUUAUUGUAUUGUAGAAUGUAAUCAGUGUAACUUUGCAGCUGGUAAAUAGCUGCUAUUGUUCUCUGACAUUUGAAAAAAUCUUAAUGAAACUAAUGUACCAUUAAUGUAAAUAUUGGCUACAUUUUGUAAGUAUAUAUUUGAUACUAGUUUCAUUUAAGAAACAGGAUAGCUUAGAUCAGUGGUUUAAAGAGUAAAGGAAAUUGGGAAGUAUUGCUUGAAGUUGGUUUUAAAUAAGUAAGUGAUGUUUGCAAAAAAGGUUCUGGGAAAGCUAAUAGAGGCUGUUCAGUUACCAAAGAUUGAAAACUGUCUUUCAUAAAUAAGGCACAACUUUGUGGUUCUGAAACUAUUUGUGGGUGAUACAGACUGGAAGUUUCACGGAAAUUUGAUUGCAUUUGGUAGGCUUCAUGUUCAGUUUUUGAAUACGUCAGAGAGCAGGUUUUCCUUCUAAACAUUAGGCCUGGUAUUGAAUAACAGUUGUUGUAGACUACCACAGUUCUCUGAAAUUGUGAUUAAGCAGACAUUUGUAUAACUAUCACUUCGGGGGGUGAAGAAGGGGAGAAACUUCAGCAUUACACAUUAUAACAAAGCUCUUUGCAGAAUGUGGGAAAUAUUUCAUUUUUGUGUCUGUCAGGUUUGUCUUUCCUUUCUUGAUUGAUUCUCGAACAGGAUGUGUUCAGACAAUGUAACUUAAAAAGCUCAUAAAAUAAAAUUGUACUGUCUCCACUACUUCAGUUCUGUACCUGUAACAAAUCUAUCUUCAUGGAUGUGGGGACCAUUUUGUUGUAGAUUUUUUGAACUCUGGAAGGUGACACACUGAGUACCCAGCAGUAGUGAUAAAUCAUCUUAUGUACUGCAGUAUUCUUGGCACUAAUUGUUCCUUGAAUAAAGUCAGGCUAUGACAUAUUCUUCUGUCAGAACUCUCCAUACAAUCUCAGGGGAAGUAUCUUCUACAAAAGCUGUUAUUCAGAAGAGUGUACUGGUCACAGAUAGUCAUCCAAUUUUCUGUGGUUCCAGUUUAUUAUGAGACUUAGCAUGCAUUCCAUGCCAUGACACGUGUAAUUUAGACACUUUUAAUGUUUGAAGCUUAAUGUUGUCAAAAAAAUUUGCAGGCUUGCUACAGUAUACAAAGGGAUCAAAUAAUUUGACAUAUUUAACUUUUAUAUGGAGAUAUAAAGGCCACUUGUUCAUUUUCAUUUUUAAAUAGAGCAACUCUUCAAAGAUAAAAAUGAUUAUAUAUUGCAGAAUGGUGCCAAGUGUGAUCCUAACUGUGGCAGGAAGUUAGCUGUACCACAUGUCAAAAUAUAGUUGCAUUAAAACGUGUUUUUGCAGUGUUGUUGCCGGCCCCUGUGGCCGAGGUUCUAGGCGCUUCAGUCAAAUCCUGCUUCAGGCAUAUAUCUGUGAGAUGUCCUGCACUGUUUGGUAGUUUUAGCAUAGAAAUAUACAACAGAAAAUGUGACUGCUAGCUGUUAAUUUAAAAUGUAAGAGAUCAGUGCUAACAGUAAAAAUGAUGAAAUAAACAUCUGAGGGGUUAAGAUAUCAAAAAUGUUAAGAGUAAUUUCUGUUGGGUCUUAUUCUGUACAUUCAAUGCACAGUUACAUGAAAAAUAUUUUUUCUUUCUUUCAUGUAGUUGCCAGAUCAGCUUUAUUAAUAUCCUUUCUUUAAAAAAGAAAGUUUAGAUUUCUGCUGUAGGUAAGUUGAUUGAAAAGCAGUCAUAUUACUAAAGUGUGUCAAAAGUCUUGUUACACACAGUCAGACAUAAACUAAAUUAGUAUGGGGCAAAGUGCAUGCAAGUAGUCAUUAUUUGUGGCUGAGCAAGUGGAAUGUAGUUCCAGGAUCAGUGAUCAUGAUAUUGCGCUGGAAACAUGAGAAGCAGAAACCACUUUUUUAUUGUGGUACCAGUGUCUUCAUUGAUCAUUUGAAGAAUUCAUGACAUUGCUCUACUUGGAACAAUAGCAAUGUAUACCUCGUUUCUACCCCAGUCUCUUUCUUAGAUAUAGACAUGAUGCUGGUACUUUCACCUGGAUUACAGUUUGUUUGUCAUAUAACAGCUGUCAAUGUUCCUCAGUGAAACUCCUCCCCCAAAAAAUCUGGGAAAUUCAUGAACUGAAAAGAGAAGGGUACAGUUGCAAUGCAAUUUGGGAACUUCACCAACCAAAUUUUGUCCCUCAAACUGCUCAGUUAGUUAACCAUAUAUGAAAUUAGUUUAAAGCUUGUUUUUGGGUACCCACCUGUAAGAUUUUUGGCUGUCAUUUGUUUAAGGAAAAAUGUGUGUAGGUAUGAUAUAUUACCACAAAACUGUAAUGUAUACUUAAACAUUUAGUACUGCUAUCUCUCUCUCUCUCUCUCUCUCUCUCUCUCUCUCUCUCUCUCUCUCUCUCUCUCUCUGUCUCUCUCUCUCUCUCUGAUUUACAUAUCAGCAUAUAAGAGCAAAUUCAGUAGAAGGUUUAAGCUUUGGCAGCUUAGCAAAGAAGACUGAUUUCUGCAGUAUUUACCAGUCACAUACACAAUUCUGUUUGACUAUUUUGGGAUGAAGCAAAGAAAAGGUUUUGGAAAGAGACUGAGAAAGUUGUCAGUGUAGGGGAAUAGAAUUUAUAUCCCUUGUCCUGUACAACUUUUUAUUUGAUAUGGUCUUUUUUUUUAUCUUAUCCAGAAAGAAUGAUUUCACAGUUUCUGAUAUGGGAACUUGAGUGGAAUUUUCAGGACUUUACACCAAAGUACUUUGCAUUUAACUCUUAAGAGUAUAUUCUAGAUGUUAAUAGUUAUUAUUUGUGUUAAAAAUAUUUUUGUAACACAUUUUCAUAUGAGACAAGGCUAGUUGUAUAAGUAAGUAGGUGAGCCAAAGAAUAUGCCAGAGGUAAUAUCUUCUGGAAGGAGUCUGUGAUUGUGUAGUGAAAAGGGAAAUGUAGGUAUGUGAAGUGUGUUUCUGUGGGUAAUGUUUGGGACUGAUUGUCAUGGAAUUUGUACUACCAUAUGAAAAUGUAAUGUAAUAGCCACAUAUAAAGCUUGUAUAGGAAUUGAGGUGUGUGCAGUAAUGUGUAAAUACAUUAAACAAUGUACCUGUGAGUAGUGGUUACGUCCAUAUCUGUUCAGUCUGGUUGCUGUGGUGUAUUCAAAUUGUCUGACAGUAUAGUUGGGUACAUCAGGCAUAGGUUGUUCAAAUCACCUUCAUUUUGUACAGGAGUACAUGGAAAAAUACUGUAGUGCGUUCCUCACAAAAGAAUGUCUCAGUUGCAAACUGCUUGUUUUCAAGCUACAAGUCAUCUGCCCAGGUGUUUGUUUUCUGCUGUAAAAACAAAAUUUAUUGGGAUGUCAUUACCUAUAGUUUUUGCCAUGUGGCAGCAUUGCCCUUUUUGAGUGCACACUGCUGCAAUCAGUGCAGAGUUGUAAUACACCAAAUAUCAAGUGUUUCAGUACCAGCAUGCACAUUUCUUUGGACGAUGAAUACUUCAUUUGCUGUACAUACAUGUUCAUACUGACACUAAAUCAGGUCACAUACCUCCCCACAAUUACUGAGAACACGGUUAUAUUAGUCUGGAUUUACAAUUAUAAUUCCACUUCAAAUAGACUUGAACAGUAAAUUAGGACAUGAAGUUGCAAGUAGAAAAUUAUAAUUUGUGUGUGCAUCACAUUAAGGUGCUUAAUUCAAACAGUUGUACUUGAAUAACUUACAUGCACAAAUCCUAACAUUGUAUUCUUAAUUCCAACAUUCCAUUUUUUUUUUAAUGCAAUGGUGACAAGUUUGCUCGUGGAUAUGCAUUAAUGAAACAAAUUUAUAUACGUGUUGUAAAAUUUGUGUGAGGGUAAUUACUUUGUGUAAAGUGGUCCACAAUCUUUGUAAAUGAUUGUAAUAUGAAGAGGAAACAUUGCCAUAUUAGAAAUAUUUGCUUCUGAGCAACACAAAAUGUGUGUUGCAUGCUUUUGGCAAUCAUGUUUUGACACUUUCUGUAUGUCAUAGUUCCAGGUGUUUCAAAGAUAAGCUUUACAGUAGUUGGCAAUGCAGUGUCACAGCUGUCUAUUUUUCAUAACCAUGUACUUGUGGUAAAUACAGUCAUUUUCUCAGUGUGUCAUGAAUGCUUAAUUAAAAAUAAAUCAAUGGAUAAAAUCUUA